AUGAUUUACCCACAACCCCACACGAGGCACAGUCUACCCACAACCCCACACGAGGCACAGUCUACCCACAACCCCACACGAGGCACAGUCUACCCACAACCCCACACGAGGCACAGUCUACCCACAACCCCACACGAGGCACAGUCUACCCACAACCCCACACGAGGCACCGUCUACCCACAACCCCACACGAGGCACAGUCUACCCACUACCCCACACGAGGCACAGUCUACCCACAACCCCACACGAGGCACAGUCUACCCACAACCCCACACGAGGCACAGUCUACCCACAACCCCACACGAGGCACAGUCUACCCACAACCCCACAGGAGGCACAGUCUACCCACAACCCCACACGAGGCACAGUCUACCCACAACCCCACACGAGGCACAGUCUACCCACAACCCCACACGAGGCACAGUCUACCCACAACCCCACACGAGGCACAGUCUACCCACAACCCCACACGAGGCACAGUCUACCCACAACCCCACACGAGGCACAGUCUACCCACAACCCCACACGAGGCACAGUCUACCCACAACCCCACACGAGGCACAGUCUACCCACAACCCCACACGAGGCACAGUCUACCCACAACCCCACACUCACUUCACUGGUUUCAUGAGAACACAUUAUACUUCAAGCAUUAUACUUCAAGCAUUAUACUUCAAGCAUUAUACUUCAAGCAUUAUACUUCAAGCAUUAUACUUCAAGCAUUAUACUUCAAGCAUUAUACUUCAAGCAUUAUACUUCAAGCAUUAUACUUCAAGCAUUAUACUUCAAGCAUUAUACUUCAAGCAUUAUACUUCAAGCAUUAUACUUCAAGCAUUAUACUUCAAGCAUUAUACUUCAAGCAUUAUACUUCAAGCAUUAUACUUCAAGCAUUAUACUCCAAGCAUUAUACUUCAAGCAUUAUACUUCAAGCAUUAUACUUCAAGCAUUAUACUUCAAGCAUUAUAG